UUUUCCUUCUUUUUUCUCAAACUUCCAAAAACCUCAAACUUCAAGACGGUGAGAUCGUGAUCAAAGUAGACAUGGGAGGUCCAGGAUCAUCACCAUGUGCUUCCUGUAAGCUUCUACGAAGACGCUGUGCCAAGGAUUGUGUCUUUGCACCUUAUUUCCCUCCUGACGAUCCUCACAAAUUCGCCAUUGUUCAUAAGGUCUUCGGGGCAAGCAACGUCAGCAAAAUGUUGCAGGAGCUACCGGUUCAUCAAAGAGCAGACGCGGUGAAUAGUCUGGUUUUCGAAGCAAACGCACGAGCUAGAGAUCCGGUAUAUGGCUGCGUAGGAGCAAUCUCCUUCUUACAAAAUCAAGUCUCCCAGCUUCAAAUGCAACUAGCAGUGGCUCAAACCGAGAUUCUCUGCAUCCAAAUGCAACACGAAACAACUUUGCAGUCUCAUCAUCAAGUACUUGAACUAGACCAAGACGACAAAGCUCUCUUACCACACAGCAGUAAUAACAACAUCAAUAACUGCAACAACAGCUAUAACUUGGGCUAUGCCAUGUCUUCUGGGCAAUUGAUGUCUAAUUUUGCUUCUCCAAGCAGUAUAAUGCAGAUGCAAAUGCAAGACCCUCUUAAACAAGAGUCUCUUUGGACUUGACUUAAGCCAUUGUUAUAAAAUUACUCUUUCUUUUCUGGAAAAAUCAGUGAAGGCUCGAUGAGUUUGCUUCUUGGCUAUGUUGAAACAAGAGGAUAUGGGAACAAGUUUCGUGUAAGAAAAGUAAUAUAUAAGUCAAAAGCUUAAAUGCAUGCAUGUGAUGAGAUGUAGUUAGAAGUUUUAGAAUGAGAGAUCUGUUUC